UCAGUUUUUGUAAUAGGAGAGAGAAUACUUACAAACCGAUAACGAUGUGGGAGCACGUGUUGUUGGAGAGAAAUUUGAAUUUUUUUCGCCUUGUAGCACACUUCGCUCUCGCUCGCACGAGCCUGGAACAGAGAGAGAAACGUAUGCUAUAUAAACAGAAGCGAUGAGAGGAAAAUUAUCAUUUACAUCAGAGACAGAUUCGAGCAUACUUCACGAUGAGUUCUCCAUCAACAUCUUCUUCAUACAUCUUACCAGACAGCCCACCACAGCGCAUCCCCAACUACUGGCAGCGGAAAGCUGCCCUCGCUGCUGAGUCGUCCGCUGCCACCUCCGCUCCCUCACCGCUCACCUUGGAACCACCAUCACCAUCUGGGGAGAUCAUCAUCGGGGACAGCCCUAUUCAGCGCUUGGCUCCAGCACCUACCUGGGCACCGCGGCGUGCGGUGCUAGCUACCCUAACGAACAACAUCAAGCAGAAGCAGGCGAAGAGGAAGUUGGUGUUUGGGGACGAGCCUGAGGUUAGCGGGGAAGAGGAGGAGGAGUCAAUCUACUCUCAAACAAAGAAACGAGCUGUAAUGGACCAUGACUCCUCACUCGCCCCGCUAAUGAAGGAGGUGGAGGGCGCAGGAGAGUUGGACUUUGUCCAACUCAUAAACAAACCUCUACCCAAACCGUGGAUCCCGCUGAGGGAGUUGAAGGAGGAUCUACCGUACCGCAUCAUCGGAGCUCGAGAGGACACCAAUAAACAUGGUCGACGUGAGUAUGUGAUGAGUGCCUUUGAGGAUGCCUGCCAGGUCGAUUGUCUUUAUUUAGACCUCUCAAAGGCCUUCGACAGAGUUAACCACUCUCUCCUGGUUGCCAAACUAGAGAGUUAUGAGGUGCAUGUGUCAUGCUCAAGUGGUUGA